UCGCUGCCACGCCUGGGGCGCGGCGGCCGCGGAGCUGCAGCCAUGCUGUUCUGGCACACGCAGCCCGAGCACUACAACCAGCACAACUCCGGCAGCUACCUGCGUGACGUGCUCGCUCUGCCCAUCUUCAAGCAAGAGGAGCCCCAGCUGUCCCCCGAGAACGAGGCCCGCCUGCCGCCCCUGCAGUACGUGCUGUGCGCGGCCACGUCGCCCGCCGUGAAGCUGCACGAAGAGACUCUGACCUAUCUCAACCAAGGUCAGUCUUACGAAAUCCGGCUGCUGGAGAAUCGGAAGCUGGGAGACUUUCAAGAUCUGAACACAAAAUAUGUCAAGAGCAUCAUCCGCGUGGUUUUCCACGACCGCCGGCUGCAGUACACAGAGCACCAGCAGCUGGAGGGAUGGCGGUGGAGCCGGCCUGGGGACCGGAUCCUGGAUAUUGAUAUUCCACUGUCUGUUGGUAUCUUGGACCCCAGGGCCAGCCCGACCCAGCUGAACGCAGUCGAAUUCUUGUGGGACCCUUCGAAGAGAGCCUCUGCGUUCAUUCAGGUGCACUGCAUCAGCACAGAGUUCACUCCCCGGAAGCACGGUGGCGAGAAGGGGGUGCCUUUCCGGGUGCAGAUUGAUACAUUUAAGCAGAACGAGAAUGGGGAGUACACAGAGCACUUGCACUCAGCCAGCUGCCAGAUCAAGGUGUUCAAGCCCAAGGGAGCCGACCGGAAACAGAAGACUGACCGGGAAAAGAUGGAGAAAAGAACUGCCCAGGAGAAGGAGAAGUACCAGCCGUCCUACGAGACCACCAUUCUCACAGAGUGCUCCCCGUGGCCGGACAUGGCCUACCACGUGAACAGCGCCCCGUCUCCAAGCUACAAUGGCUCUCCAAACAGCUUCAGCCUUGGCGAGGGGAACAGCUCUCCGACGCACCCGGUGGAGACCCUGCCCCUGGGCAAUGAUCACCUGCUUCCGUCAGCCUCGAUCCAGGAUGCCCAGCAGUGGCUCCACCGAAACAGGUUCUCACAGUUCUGCCGGCUCUUCGCCAGCUUCUCGGGUGCUGACUUGCUCAAGAUGUCUCGAGACGAUUUGGUCCAGAUCUGUGGCCCUGCAGAUGGGAUCCGGCUCUUCAAUGCCAUCAAAGGCCGGAAUGUGAGGCCAAAGAUGACCAUUUACGUCUGUCAGGAGCUGGAGCAGAACCGAGCACCGUUGCAGAAGCGGGAUGGUGGUGGGGACAGCAGUCUGUGUGUGUACCAUGCCAUCUUUUUGGAAGAGCUGACGACCUUGGAGCUGGUUGAGAAGAUCGCCAACCUGUACAGCAUCCCCCCCCAGCAUAUCCACCGAGUCUACCGGCAGGGCCCCACGGGCAUCCACGUGGUGGUGAGCAACGAGAUGGUGCAGAAUUUCCAAGAUGAGUCUUGUUUUAUCCUCAGUACCUUAAAAGCCGAGAGCAAUGAUGGCUACCACGUCAUCCUGAAAUGUGGCCUCUGAGCAGAAGUAGCGUGUGUAAAGUCAAGCCUCCACCUCCCAGCCCCGUGGAUUCCCUUGGACGCAGAAGUGGCACCUCUGUAGCCUGCAGCCUCACCUGGCGAGCUGUGACUAGGAGGGCCUUGGCCCCGUCUGAAAACCACGGACCAGUAACAGCGGAAACCCGUGGAUGCGGUCUCUGGCAUGCGGAAAGCCAGUGGCUCCUCUCUCCCUUCCUCUUGGCCUCCAGCUUUUGAAUCGUUCCUUGCUCUUUGCCUGCUGUCCUAGAGAGGCAAACAGUGGGGGCAUCUUCUCUGAAACCCCUCACUCCCUUGUGGGAGGCUAGUUCACUGGGUAUCCUGGUGCCACUGUACCCUUCUGAACCACUCCCCUGCCUCCAGGGAAAGCCCUGCCUCACCCCCAAGCUUCCCCUUCUUUGGUAACCGGCUCCGUGACCAGGACUGCUGACUGGAUGUAGGUGGGUCGCCUCCAUUCUGUCUUAAUGUUGGUUUCCCUUCUCGGCGACCCUGGUGAGCAUCUGUCUUUCCAGUUCUCGGAUGGAUUGAUGGGAAUGGGAUUUAUUCUGCGCCUUCUGCUUCUUUCACCUUCACUCUCAUUUCUAAGGACCUGCCGCCGCAGCGCCCAGAGAUGGGCUCUCCUGUCUCUGCGUUAGUCAUGUAGACACUACAGUGCAUGUGUAGGACCCGCCACACAGACCCGGGUCUGUGCCCUUGGGAGGGAGGGAGAGGAUAGAACAACUAUUUUCAGGUACUUUCUCACGCAUAUAAAAGGGAU